AUGAAACUGGGCCACACCUGCUCCCCAUUCAGAGCAACCACAGAACCCUGGGACCCAGUCUUUGAGAGAUCUGCAUUCACUGAGCUCAAUCCUAGGAGCAGGAAGGUAAUACAGCUUGAUGGACAGCCAGCUUUGAUGGUCAGCAGCACGAGCUGGAUGGAGUUUGAACAAUGGACCAUCGACGGAGCAAACCUGUUUCUAGUCUGUGUGAUAACAGGAUCAGCAGAUUUUGGUGUCUGCCUCCACAAAUCCUCCAGUGGCUUGGAUCUUCCCAUGAAGGUGGUGGAUAUAUUUGGAUGCUGCUUGCCAGUUUGUGUUGUACAUUUUCAGUGUUUACAUGAACUUGUGAAACAUGAAGUAAAUGGCAUGGUGUUUAUGGACUGUGAGGAGCUUGCAGAUCAGCUGAAGGUAGAGAUGUUGAGCUUGGACUCUUCAACACCAUUGCAUUCUACCCUCAUCUUCAUCUCUCUAGUCUCAUUUGCUAAUGGUAUCCUUGGUGGGAAUGGUAAAAGAAAGCUAGGUUUCUGGGGUCUCACUGCCUGAUGAGGGGAGGGAGAAGAGUCCAAUAAGCACAAUGGGUGAGGCCUUCAACUUUUGUUUCUCUUUUAUAGAUGCUCUUUUCAGAAUUUUCCAGUCCUGAUAACAGAUUGAAACAGUUCAGAAAAAAACCUUACAGAAUCAAAGCAGCUUCGCUGGGAUGAGAGUUGGGAGCAGACUGUGUUCCCAUUGUUUACUCAAAAUUGAGGG